CGGAGGCGGCAGGGAUGCGAUGGCGGAGUCGCUGCCCCUGGAGAUACUCACAUAUAUUCUGAGCUUCCUGCCUCUGUCAGAUCAGAAAGAGGCCUCCCUCGUGAGUCAGGCUUGGUACUGUGCAGCCCAGAAUGCCUUUCGGGAGCAACCAGGCCUUACCUCCUUGGACCUCAGUGGCUGCUCAGAACUGUCUGAUGGGGUGCUCUUGGCUGUGAGCUGAGGCCUGCAGCACCUGCAGCACCUGAGCCUGAGGAAACUGCAGCGGCUCACAGAUGCAGGAUGCUCAGCCCUAGGGGGCCUGCGGGAGCUGCAGAGCCUCAACAUGGCCGAGCGCUGCCAGGUGAGAGGGCGGGAACUGGCCCAGGCGCUGGGCUUGGUGCAAGGAGCUCCACCCCCAUUGGCCUCCCUCAGCCUGGCCUACUGCUCCUCACUCAAGCCACACCGAGAGCUGGAGCAUCAGGCCUCCAGCCCCAAGAACCCUUCUCCCCAGCCACAGGACCCCUCCCUGCUCACGUGGCAGGCCCUGCGGGAGUUGGACCUCACAGCCUGCAGCAAGCUGACUGAUGCCAGUUUGACCAAGGUGCUCCAGUUCCCCCAGCUGAGGCAGUUGUCACUGAGCCUGUUGCCCGCACUUACAGGCAAGGGCUUGGUGGCUGUGGCCAGGGGUUGUCCCAGCCUGGAGUGCUUGGCGCUGAGUCACUGCAGCCUCCUCAAUGACAAGGGCUGGGCCCAGGCAGCCAGCUCCUGGCCAAGGCUGCAGCAUCUCAACCUGUCCAGCUGCAGUCGGCUUACAGAGCAAACACUGGAAACCACUGGGCAGGCGUGCAAGCAGCUCCAGACGUUAGAUGUGGCCAUGUGUCCUGGCAUCGGCAUGGCUUCUGUCAGGUGCUUCCAAGCCCAACUGCCCCAGGUGACCUGUGUGCAGUCCCGCUUCGUGGGGGGUGCUGACCUGACCCUAACGCUCUGAGGCCAGGUCAGUAACCAGCCCUGCAGCUCAGCCUCCGUCACCUCCAGAGUCCUCAGCCCUGGCCUCUUGACCUAGAGUUUGACUCAGUGCCUUCUGUCUCCUUCUGCUACAUGCCCCAGAGCCCCUUCCCCUUUUCUAGGACUAGGGGUGGGACUAAUCCAGGGCAGCCCAAGGGGCUUCCUGCCCUACUCUGCCCCACAGCCCAGCAGGAACCUUUUCCAGCUACAUGUCAUGGUCACAGACCCCUGGAAAUGGCAGCUCCUGCUCUCCUGUCCAGGGCUGGGUUCAGAGGCCAGGGUUACAGGUGGGCUGGGGAGGAGCAGACCUUCUGCCUCUUGCCCUGUCCACUUCUCACUCUAAGGCCUGUGCCCACCUUGUUCCCUACAGGAGCUCUCCCAGCCCGCUGCCAGCACUGAGCUUUAGCAGUCUUUGUUGUAUGCCCAACAAGAUUAAAAAAUUCCAGAUCUUA